CCGAAACAGCACAGCAGUAUACUCCUCUCCCACUCGCUCGUUCGAGUUUAGCCCUAAUUUUUGGGGGCCACCUUUCGCGUUCACCGACGCUUCGAAGCUUAAUCCGAUCGAUCGAUCGAUCGAUCGCUCUCCUCGUCGCCGAGUAUCCUCACCUGUGCAUGGCCGAGGCUGUGGAACAAGACAAUGAUGAUACUCAUCUAGAAGAACAACAUAUGGUGGAUGAUGGGGACAAAUGUGGAAAAGGAGAACUUUUGAAGAGGAAAAACAAGAAAAAGCGAUCUCGUAAAGAUUCAAGUGGUGCAGAUAGACGAGGAGUUUGUUAUUUGAGCCGAGUUCCCCCACACAUGAACCCAUCUCACAUCCGUCUGAUCCUCUCUAAAUUUGGAGAUAUACAGAGAAUAUAUCUUGUUCCCGAAGAUCCCAGUGCUCAAGUACACCGUAAGCAAGCUGGUGGCUUCAGAGGAAAGGAGUUUUCUGAGGGGUGGGUUGAAUUUACGAAAAAAAGUGUUGCCAAAAGAGUUGCAAAUUUGCUUAACGGUGAACAAAUAGGUGGGAGAAAGAGGUCUUCUUUUUACUAUGACAUUUGGAACAUCAAGUAUCUUAGUAAAUUCAAAUGGGAUGAUCUGAUUAGCGAAAUAGCUGAGAGGAACCACAUUCGGGAAGAGAAACUAAACUUGGAAAUAUCUGCUGCAAAGAGGGAGCGUGAUUUCUACUUGUCUAAAGUUGAAAAAUCAAUUGCAUUGAAACAUAUGCAAGAACGCAGAAAGAAGAAGCAGAAAACUGGAGAGGAAUCUGAUAAAGCUCUGGAACCGAAAGUCAUUCGCCAGGUCCCUCAAAACCGUCCUGUUUCAGAUAGUGGCAAAAGUAAACCAAAGCUAUCAAAAAAUAUUUUAGCAGGGGUAUUCAGCAGUUCCUGAUAACAUUUUCUAGUAAUUUCGAAAACAUACUAGAGUAAUCAAUUUUGAGGAGGAUAACAUCCUGGUUUCUGAGGUAAGCAUUUCCAAGUAGCUUCAAAUUGCUCUUGAAAAUUUUCUAGAUUUUGAUUUGUUUUUAUGUUGGUUAUGAAUGAUCUGCUUUAGAAGCUGCUACAUCAAGAUUAUAAGUGCUUUUGUUUCUCGUUCUGUUAAGCGAUUUGCGCAGCUUACUUGUUGGAUCUACACUGUUCUUAGAAACCAUUAAGUGAGUAAAUUAUUGUAACAAAGGCCAAUGCUUAAGUUAAUGCUCUUAUCUGCUUUGAGUUUUGUACCUCAGAUAUGUACUAAUGUAAUUUUACUGUACAUGUUACUAAUUAAAUUUUCUUCCA